AUGCAGGGGGGUAGAAUUGUGCUCGUCUGGGUUGUUUUAGUAGGUAUACUGAGUUUGGUUGAAGGGAUGAAAGGAUCCAGGGCUAAAGCCUGUGCUGUUAAUCCUACAGGUUCUGCUAAACCAACUGGAAGUAUAGAUAGAAAUAUGUGGAAAAGAAGAGAUAUGAAUACGAUAAUAAGUAGUUCUAGUGGAGAUAAUAGCGAUAAGACAACUAGAAACACUAAACAGAUAAACACAACUGUUGACCAGAACCUAGAAGCUAUCAAGUCGCUUGCUAAGAGAAUCUUUGGUGGUAGUAGCAUAGCCUAUGAUAAAAGUUCGACGUAUAGACCAAUCCAUUACGUUAUAACUAGAAAUAAGACCAAUCAGUGGAAAUAUGAUAUUGAUGCUCGGGAUGAUGUACCUAGGUUUUCUUGGCCGGGCCGUUGUGAAGGGAGGCCGCUUAACGAACAGCAGAAGAUCCUGGAAAAUCUAGUUGCGUUGAUUCGUCUUCGUGGCCUACAGGUCUAUUACAUUCUAAAUGCUAAGCACCGUGUGGACUAUAGGUUCUUCUUGGCCAUUCUUCGCGUAAUAGAGGCAGACUGGGUUCUUAUCCAUGAUUGGAAUAUAGGGAAGAGUUGUGGACGUGGAUGGAGCGGUGAAGAACAAUUGGCUAAACUUAACGAAGCAGUUAAGUCACUUGGCCCAAGAACUACGCCCUGUACUGUUGUUGUAAAGCUUUACUUUAAGAGCAUUCUGGCAGUUGAAAUGGCCCACAUAAUAUAUCAGUUCAUGAAAGCCCCUUCUCUUUUUCUGAAACACCAUUACGUCUAUAAUGAUUGGUGCAACAAAAAGGUCGAGAAAGUCGAAUACAUAACUACUCGGUUUAGUGAAUAUCCAGUUAAGACCAAGCUAUUGUUUGCAGCGUUCUUGAUGGAUAAGAACAGACGCAUGGAAUUCGAAUGUUAUCUGGCCAAACAUCCCAAGAUAACUCUUUCUUUACAAAUCGAACUUAUUAAUAUAUUAGAUAGACUUGCUCCCAACCAAGCAUCAACUUCUACUCGACAUAAUCAAAGCAAUUCAAUACUAACCACUACACAUUCGCAUUGGCCCCAUCCCUCUAUCAAUAUGAUAUGCCAAAUGAUCAAAAAUCUACCUUAUAGUCCUAUUUAUCUUCAUUAUACAAAGCCGUACAGAAACGCACCCUUACUUUCGCACGAAUGUUUCAAUCUAAUCAUCCAAAUGCUUAAUGCAAUCCAUGCCGUUAGUCCGGCAUCAGUAUUAUCUAUUAAAGGAUUUAUUGGAAUCAAAGACCAUACUACUACUGGUGGCCUUACAAUACCUACUGUUAAGUGUAAUUUCCCCUCUCUAAAUCUCGAACGACCCGGCCACUCGCCUGAUGUCUCUUUCUUUGAAACGAUCCGAGCUUCGCAACCGCUCGUAAUCAAUAUAGACAGGACCUUUCCUUUUGAGCAUGUUCCACUGGUUAUUGAGGCUCUAGUACAAUCUAAUAUCACAAUUAAAGCUUCCGCCCUACGAUCUCUGUUGCGGAUGCCCAAUGCGACUAUUGAGUCCAUGUCUGUAGUUGCCGAGCAACUGUACAAACACUCUGUUGCCAGUGACAUUAACACGUUGGGCAACAUCAUCUACAAUCUUUUUGAAUUCGCCAACCUCUCUAUUUGGGCUUAUCGCCGCUUCCCAAUUCCAGAUCUUAUUUCAGCUUGUAUACUCAAAGAUGACGACACUGUUUAUGUUAAUCCCAAUCACAAUCGCUUUUUCUACUUCAAAGAGAUUCAGCACAAAGUCUUUUACCACCCCAUUGAGACUAUCUUCUACCUACAAAAACAACUCAAGUACAUUCUAUCUCUUACUUCAAAUGAUCACCCCAUAAAACCUUACCAAAACCUAACUAAGCUCAGAAUCAUCUUUUUCUACCGAGAUAUAGACAACCAACUAGUCGAUUUAGUUCUACUUACUCUUCAAUUCGUCAACCAAAUUUAUCCUGCCAUAUCUGAUAUUGUGAUUGAGGAUGUUAUUGUUAACAACUAUUUAGCCCAGCUUCUCGCUAAUCAACUAGACGAUCAAUGGAAUUGCAUAAAAACCGGCGCUAAUCCUAAGACAGCCCCAAGAAUCACAAUCAGACUCAAAAACCAAGAAACUCACCAAUGGCUCUGCUACCAAAUCUCACACAUCUAUGGCAUAAAUCACCACAUUGAUUCCAUUGUUGAAAUCACCAUCAUUAAUCAAGACUUCUAG